AUGUGGAUCACGCCAAAGCGCAUCGGCGAGUUCUUCAACGACCUCGGCGUGCGCCUGCGCGAUAUGGGAUGGAAGGGCAUGCUGAUUCUCUCGGCGUGCAUCAACUCUCCCUCAUGCUACAGCUGUAUGCCCUGGGGAACACAGCUAACGCCAGUCCUCUCCUCGCACCCGCCCCUAUUCGGCUUCUCCGGCUCGAUGACGCUGAUGGGCUUCGCCUACGGCGUGUGGCCGGGCUUCCUCGUCGCCUCCCUCGCUUCUCUGGCGGGCGCGGCCAUCGCCUUCCUCUCCGUGCGCACCUUCUUCCUGGAGUGGAUGCGCAAAUUCGGCUCUGGGAAGAACAAGCAGUGGCAGGCGUUCGGCCACGUCAUGCGCGAGCGCGGCUGGCCCCUCGUCGCCAUGAUCCGGUGGUGUCCCCUGCCGUGGGCGAUCGGCAAUGGUCUGUUCGCUUCCAUCGACGCAGUGCAGUUCUGGCAGUACAUGCUCGCGAACACACUCUACUUGCCCAAACUCUUCAUCCCCGUGUUCAUCGGUAGCAGGCUGAGCUCGAUGCUCGACGACCCCGACAACCCGAAACACAAGGACCCCGUGCAGUUCUGGCUCAACAUGGCGUCCAUCGUCGCCACGGUCGUGUUCUCCGUCGUGACCGGACUGGUCAUCUACAAGCUCACCCUGCGGCAGAUGCGCAAGCUCGAGAUGCACGAGGGAUGCGACCCCGAGGAGGGCGAGUUGGCCGCUGAGGCGCUGGAGUCCACGGCCCUGCUGAGGGACUAUAGCGAGGAGGAUGAUCUGGCGCUGCUCGAAGGUGGAGUCAGGAGGGGAGCGGCGAGGGAGAGGAGCCCGAGUGUGCGCUCCUAG